CAAUUAUGGAAAGUAAUUAUGACGUAACUGAAUGAAAUUAUGACGUAAGAAAGCUGCAACCACACGUUUUUUUUAUUUUCAUGAGAUGACAGAACCGUUACGAUGGGUGACGGCAUAAUCAACCUCAUUUUCUAAACCCCUUAACCUUUCUUCUUCAACCAUUUCAUUUAUCUCCUGCGCCGUCUAAAACGUUUUCCGUCCAACUUAACCCCUCAAACGUCGUCGUCUCUCUGCCAUCCUCUCUUCUCUUGCUUUUUUACCAUGGCUUCUUCCGAGGACUUCUCUCUCAUCGACGACGACUCCCACCUCCACACGCCCACGCGCCACCACCAUACGGACUCCGGAAACGGUGAUUACUUCCCUCCCCCUCCGUUCACCGAGGACUCCGAUCCGAACAUAUCCGGAUCCGCCGUCGGAGCUCCGGCGACCUCCGAGCAGAGUCCCUAUUACUGCAAGAAGCUGAAAUCCUGCUCUUCGGCCGGAAACAAUUCCGGCAAGAACCACAACAACAACAACAACAAUGAAGGCGAAUCGUCGGGCGGGACGGAGAAUUACCGCCGCGGCGGCGGCGGCGGCGAUUACAGGAAGGACAGAGAGGAAUGGAGCGACAUGGCGAUUGCUUGCCUUCUGGACGCGUACACGGAGAAGUUCAACCAGCUGAGUAGGGGAAAUUUGAGAGGGAGGGAUUGGGAAGAAGUGGCGGAGAUGGUGAGCGAGCGGUGCAUUAGUGGUGGCGGUGAGAAGCACGGCAGCAGCAGCAGCAACAAGUCGACGUACAAGAGCGUGGAGCAGUGCAAGAACAAAAUUGAUAACUUGAAGAAGAGGUACAAGGUGGAGCUGCAGAGGAUGAGCAAUGGAAGCUUGACGGUGAGUCAUUGGCAUUGGUUCAAGAAAAUUGAGGCAAUUGUUGGCAGUUCGGUUGCGGUGAAGAGUGGUUCGGAUGAGGAAAGGAGUGUUGGAGUCCAUUCCAAUGUAGCUAGGCAAUCCAAGAGAUACAUGUCUAGUAAUGCGGCCUUUUCGAACAAUGCAAAGUCCAAACCGGUGACAAAUUUAAAAUGGCGUAGAGUAGUGUUUAAAAUCAGUGGUGCUGCAUUAGUUGGUGACUGCCAGAAUAUUGACCCUAAGGUAGCAAUGCAGAUUGCUAGGGAAGUAGCAACAGCUUGCCGCCUUGGGGUGGAGGUGGCAAUUGUUGUUGGAGGUUGUAACUUAUUUUGUGGAGACUCAUGGGUAUCUACUACUGGGUUGGAUAGAUCUACAGCAUACCAAAUUGGUAUGAUGGCAACAGUGAUGAAUUCUGUACUGCUUCAAUCAGCUUUAGAGAAGAUGGGUGUCCAAACAAGGGUGCAAAGUGCAUUCACCAUGCUGGAGGUCUCUGAACCAUAUAACAGGCAACGAGCCAUCCGACAUCUUGAGAAAGGAAGAGUAGUCAUAUUUGGCGGUGUUGGUGCUGGUGCUGGGAAUUAUCUAUUCACCACUGAUAUUGCAGCAGCUUUGAGAGCAUCCGAGUUAAAUGCAGAUGUAGUCCUAAAAGGUACAAACAUUAGUGGGGUCUAUGGAUGUCAUUCUGGUAACAACAGUGUAACUGCUGAUCACAUUUCCUACGGUGAAUUUGUUUCCAGAGGCAUUACCUCCAUGGACUCGAUGGCAGUAACAUACUGUGAAGAGAACGGAAUUCCUGUUGUCAUUUUCAAUUUGCUGGAAUCUGGGAAUAUUUCAAGAGCUUUAUGUGGAGACCAAGUUGGAAUUUUGAUUGAUCAAGCAGGAAGAAUUAAUUAAGUUAAUCGGAAUGUGACAGUAGAGAGGAGUCUGUUGUACAUACAUCUGAAAGCACUUCUUGGCGGGUCAACGUCAUAGUAUAGUUCUGAAAGGAUAUGAGGAGUCUAGUAAUUUGAAAAAUAAAAAAUAAAAAAAUUUUGUACUUGUUCCCUAUGUAGCCAUUUCCUGUAAAAUGUGUAGUAGAUGUUUUUUACAAUCAUAUGGAGACUGUCAUCAUAAAGAAGAACAAAUAAAUGUAGAACAUCAUGUUCUUUACUAAUGCAAAGCAUCAUUACGUACUUAAUAGUUGUUUCCUAGUGUAGGAGAAGAGAUUGGAUCAUUGUUGAAGAAGCAAAAUCCUAUAUGUCUCCUCUAAUAUGUAAUGCUAUUACAAUGAAUCUAAUCCUUUUUCUGUUU